AUGAUGAAGGGAACGUCAUCGUUUGGAGAGCGUCGGAAUAAGACGCACGCGUUGUGCCGCCGCUGUGGCUCUAAGGCCUACCACCUUCAGAAGUCGACCUGUGGCAAAUGUGGCUACACUGCCAAGCGAAAGAGAGAGCAUAACUGGAGUGCUAAAGCUAAAAGACGAAAUACCACUGGCACUGGUCGAAUGAGGCACCUAGAAAUUGUAGACCGCACAUUCAGGCAUGGAUUCUGUGAAGGAACCACACCUAAACCCAAGAGGGAAGCUGUUGCAGCAUCCAGUUCGUCUUAA